AUGGCUUCUGAUCCUUCUAACAAAUUUGUUCUGGAGUGUAUCAGAAUGGUGUCCUACAUUAGUCAAGACUGUGAAGAAAUUCCAGAAUUCCUAGGACGAAAAUAUGGACAUAUGGCAAAAAGGCUAGAUCUUAGCUUCAACUUGUUAAGGUCACUAGAAGGACUGAAAACAUUCAGUUACUUGGAAGAACUGAUCCUGGACAACAAUCUACUUGGAAAUGACCUUCUGUUACCCAGGUUACCCCACCUCCAUACCUUAACGCUCAACAAGAACCAAAUAACAGAAUUAGAAAGCCUUUUGGACCAUUUGGCUGAAGUUGUGCCCUCACUACAGUAUCUCAGUUUGCUUGGAAACAUUGCUUGCCCAAAUGAGCUGGUCUGCAAAGAAAAGGAUGAGGAUGACUACCAGAGGUACAGAUAUUUUGUCCUGCAUAAAUUGACGAACCUGAAAUUUCUUGAUACUCGGAAAGUAACCAGGAGGGAGAGGGAGGAAGCCUUGGUAAGAGGCGCCUUCAUGAAAGUGGUUAAGCCCAAGGAUGCCAAGGCCUCCUGUGAUGCUGCUUCUGCCUCUCCAGAGAUGCACUAUACACCUCUGCCUUCCGGAUCCAGAGACCUCACCAAUCACAGAGGCAUUCUGGGGAAAUGUCGCUACAUUUACUACGGAAAACAUUCUGAGGGCAACAGAUUCAUCCGAGAUGACCAGCUAUAAAACACAGUGCUGUUUGGUGCCUCUUCAAUCCCUCCACAUGAGAAGCACAAAUUGCAUCUAAAUUUUAAGCGUGUAACUGAAGUCCUCUAGUGCCUUCUGCUGACUUUGCCAAGCCUGUCAAGAUCAUCCUUCUAUCUUAGUCUGAGUAGUCGCAUAGAGAUUGACAUGAUUGCCUUUAAGCAGGUUCCAUCCACCAGUGUGACAGACAGCUGCAGCCGAGCACCCGGCCUGACAGGAGGAGCGCUGUGAUGGAUUGCCUGGUCCAAUUGCUGCUCCAGAAGAGCAGGGGUCACACCUGGGGCUGCAGUGAGCAUGCUCCAGCGCUCGGCGCCUCCGCGAACGCAGCGCGUUUAUCUCCGGCUUGCCUGUUGAGAGAAAGUGGCUGCUGAUAUCAGAGUUUUAUAAAAGAGGGAGGCUGUAAUUUCAGAUGAAAAAGCCCUUAUCUGUUCUUAUUUUUUUCCCUGUGAAUUAAGUGCUUGUGUUUCUGUCAUCUCAUACAUGCCUACACAAAUCCGUUCACGGUUUGGUGGGACCCCACUCACCCCUAAAUGAUCCUAGACAGGUUAUUUUGUCUUUCAACAGGGGAAAAAUAUGUCCUGAAAAUAUUUUGGCCACGCAAAUUACUAUUGAUUUGUAUAGUUGUUUAUAUGCAAAGGAAAAAGAUUUAAGUAAUUUCCCAGACAAACAAAAUUUGCUAAUUCUUAAAUUAUGUCUCAACAUUUACUCACUCUUACCUUCAGAAAAGUGAACAUUUUUUAAUGCUGGCACAGCUUAACUGUAUAUGCUUGGAAGAAGUCCUCAUUAGUGAUAUUGACAAUGUGCAUUAUUCCUGGUUUGUUGAACAAGAUAUUUUUAACUUUUAGGGACUAUGUUUAGAAUUAAAUGCUUAAAUCUGAGUAGGGGGGAAAGUGCCUAAAAGGAGUGAUAUAAUCUGCCACCAGAUGCAUAGGGUUAUUCAGAGGGGAGAAAAAUCAACAAAAGUAAGUGGUAGAGUUAACAUAAUUAGCAGCUUUACUAAUAUAGAGACAAGUUCUGAAUAAUCCAUUUUGAUGUCUACGUAGGAAAGACUAUUGCCAAAUUUUCAGUCAGAAAAAUAAAAAUUCAUGGCAAAUUUCCUACUUUUCUGAUAACGAGGUUGAAUAUACUAGAAUCAUGAACUCGUUACUGUGAAAAAAAAUCCCAUACUUCAUGCAUAUAUUGAGUGUUGCUGGAUACAAUGGGAUUGUCCAAGAAAUAUGCAAAAAUUCUGACCUCUGGACUGUUCCAAACCCAUGCAUAUUGGUCCCAGUUGAGAGCUAUCACUACCUAGCUGUUCUUGGUUUGUUUAAAAUUGCUUGGUGGCCUUUAUUCACUUUCCUGGUUGAAAAAAAAUGUCAGUUUUUAGAAACUGCCUACUUUGGGGGUCUAUUAUCAGCUAGUGUUACAGGUGGAAGUGAACUGGACAUUGAAGUCAAUUGUGAAAUUGGGUUUGACUGAUGAAAUAGAAUGAGACGCUGGCAGAGUGCCAAAGGAAAGCUUGCUGCUGCUGAGCAUGUUAGGCCUUACUCAGUAAAUGGAAGCCUUUGCUCAUUCUGAAAGUCUAUAAUAAAUCUUUAACAGAUACUUAAAAUCAGUGAUGAACGUAGAACAAUCUAGUUCACACCACUUAGGGUUCAAAUUGAGCUCUGAGCUGUUUGCCAUGCAAAUUGAUGUCUGUAAAGCACAUUUUGACCACCUACAGUGCCUCUUCUAAUGUCAUAUGUGACUACAAAUGAAAUGCCAAUUCACUUUAGAAGUCCUAGGAGAUAUUGGAUAAAUGAAAACUGCAUGCCUCUUUCUUUAAUCAAAAAUAUAAUUAGAAAUAUUUAGGGCACUUGUCAUUUCUCUUGGUUACCAAAAUAACAGCAAUCCUAGUUUGCUCCUAUUAUGUUGUCUGUUUUGAAGUCUCCACACAUUUUGGCCAUGGCAAUGUUACAGGCAGCAGGGUUCUGAGCAGGGGUGUUUGGAAUAACCUAAUGUCCCUUUCAGUCUGGUUGCAUAUAUGUUCUUGUCUUUAUAAAGGCUUUAACCCUGCCUCAAACAAUA